AUGAUAUUACCCACCCCCUAUGUUUAUUUUCAAUCCUUUUUAUUUCUUUUCCUUUCUUUGUCUAUUUCCCCUUCUCUUCUUUUUUGUCUCUCUCUCUCUCUCUGUUCUCUCUAUCUUUCCGGAUAUUUUUUUCUUUCUUAUUUCAAUGCCUUCAUUCAUUCUCUCCCCCCUCUCUCUCUCCCUUUCUCCCUCUCCUUCUCUCUCUUCUUUUUUUUUUUUUUUUUUUUUUUUUGUUGUUGUCUCUCUUUCUGUCGAUCCUAUUUACUUUCAGUCUUUCCGGAUAUUUCGUUCUUUCUUUUCUCAGUAUUUUCAUUCAUAUCUCUCUCUCACACACACACAUACUCUCUCUCUCUCUUCCUUUUUGCCCCUUUCUCUUUCCCUCUCUUCGUCGAUAUCCCUUUUAAUACUCUCUCUCUCUCUCUCUCUUUCCGGAUAUUUCUUUCUUUUUUCAGUUUCUUCAUUCAUUUCUCUUUUUCCUUCUCUCUAUCUUUCUUAUUUUCCCUCCCCAUCUUUCGCUCACUUUCUCCUCUCUCUCUUUCUGUUUAUCUCCCUUUCUCUCUUUCAAGUUUACUACCGUUUUUUUCUUUCACUGUUCACUCCCCCCCCCUUCUCUUGGUCGCUCUAUUUUUCUUUGAACUCUUCCUCUAUCACUGUCUUCCUCUCACUUUCACUCCAAGACACAAUCUUUGUACUUAUAUUUCUUUCCGGCUGACUUUCACUUCUCUCUCAUUCGAAGACUCUCCCAUUCGACUUUAUAUAUUUCCGGUUUCUUUCUCCAUCAUUUUGUUUUACUCUAUCUCUCUUUCUCUUUUUUUCAUAAUCUUUCUCCCUAUAUCUACCCGUUCUAUUUCUCCCUCUCUCUCUCUCUCUUUAUGCCUUCACGAGGCCCAAGAGGGAAGGUAG